CUUGCUCCGAGUCCCCUCCAUUCUUUGCUACACUCCUUGAGUGCCACCGGAACUGGGAAUUGUCUGUGCUUCAGGGCCAAAGUAGUACUACUAUCACUUGAAAUGGCACCCAAGAAGGACCCUAAGGCUCCCGCCAAGAAGGCCGAACCAGCACCGGCACCGGCACCUGCAGCACCCGAGCCAGCCCCUGCUCCUGCGGCUCCCGCUGUCGACCUGUCCGCCGUCAAGGUGGAAUUCAGCGCAGACCAGAUUGAAGACUACAGGGAGGCCUUUGGUCUGUUUGACAGAGUUGGUGACAGCAAGGUGGCCUACAACCAGAUCGCUGACAUCAUGCGUGCUCUGGGACAGAACCCCACCAACAAGGAGGUGAACAAACUGCUGGGAAACCCCACUGCUGACGACAUGGUCACCAAGAGAGUAGAUUUCGAGGGCUUCCUGCCUAUGCUCCAGACCAUCAUCAACAGCCCAAACAAGGCAGGAUUUGAGGACUACGUUGAGGGUCUGCGUGUCUUCGACAAGGAGGGCAACGGCACAGUGAUGGGUGCCGAGCUGCGUAUUGUCCUGUCAACACUGGGAGAGAAGAUGACUGAGGCUGAGAUUGAUUCCCUCAUGGCAGGACAGGAGGAUGAGAACGGCUGUGUCAACUAUGAGGCCUUUGUCAAGCACAUCAUGUCUGUGUAAGGACCCUGCCACUGCGGUGGUGAACAUCGUAUAUGUGCAGACCCCAUGGUGUCGCGACAUCCACUCGCUGUUUCCUGCACCAUCUGUGGAAGCAGGGGGAACAAAGGACUAUGAGAUGUCAUUUCCUGAACCCUUCUUUUAUUUUGUUCUACACUUUUUUUUUCCUUUUGUCCAACUGGUGCUUUUUUUUUCCUCUCCUCCUCCUCCUCCUGCUAUUUGGGAAUCUGUCCCGAUUUCCCAUGAGGCGUUUCUCUCCUCAUCUUCACCCAAGUGCCCCCCAGUGUCACUGGGGUCUUUUGUCGUCACAGAGGAGCAGUGAUGGAGGAGAAGGUGGAAUAAUGAUGACCAUCCCCUCCCACUGUCUGUCUGGCUGGCUCUCUGUCUGCCAGUAAAGUGACUGGUUUGGCCCAGGACUGGCCAUCAAAACGAAUCCACUCCUCACCCAACCCAUCCCUAAGUCUUAACUUAUUGUCUCCUCUGCUCUUUCACAAUAAACUUUUCACACUCCC